AUGCAAGAACUACCAACAUUAGCAGCACCAACUGAGCUUCUUACAACCAUCGGCACUGAAUCAUCACAAUGUAUACGUUCUUUUAAUCGUGAAAGAGUGAAUCUUGAAUCACAUCAAUUAGUAUGGUUAAACGAUAAUGUAAACAAAAGUAAUGACAAUGAUACAACACUUAAAGAAGAUUUAAGAAAAAUUGUCGAUUAUACAAAAUUAUUUGAUAAUGUUGAACAAUGUUUGCAAUACAUUGAGGAAACAAAAGACAGUAUAACAUUUUUAGUUUGUUCUGAACAAUUUGGUGAGAUUCUCGUUCCACAAAUUUAUCAUCUUCAAAAUAUUUGGUCAAUUUAUAUUUACUGUCAUAACAAAGAAUAUCAUCAAAACUGGACUACUAAUUAUUCAAAAAUAAAGCAAGUACAUACAACACUUGAAGAUUUAUUAAAGACGUUGUCAGAAAAUGUUGAAGAAUACAAAAGACUUGACAUAAAUACAACAAUCUUCACUACAUAUGACAAAGAUAAAACAACGGAUUAUUCUCCCCAUUCUUGGUGGAUAUAUUUCAUUGAUGUUCUUGUACAUAUACCUUACGAAGAAAAUUACUGUCUUAAACUUAUUAAUGAAUUAAAAUCUUAUUAUGCUGAAAAUUCACCCGUUAUUCCUAUUUUAGAAGAAUUUGAAAGCAAUUAUAAACCCGAAACAGCUGUUCAUUGGUAUACACGUAACACAUUUUUGUAUCGUGUACUAAAUGAAGGUCUUCGUCAACAUAAUAUUAAAUUAAUGUUUUUAUUCGGAUUCUAUAUACAAGAUAUGUAUCAGCAAUUGAAAGAAGAACAUGAAAAAUUUAAAUUAGAGCACUUAAAAAAUCCAAUAACGACAGUCUAUCGUGGACAGCUUAUGUCACGUGAUGAAAUCAAAGUAAUUGAAAGAGAUUCUUACACCGUGAAUAACAGCUUUUUUUCAACAACACUUAAUCGUUCACUAGCAUUAAUGUUUCUUAAUUCAAUAUCACAACCUAAUGAUGAACUACAAAAUGUUUUAUUUACAAUUGAUAUUGACGUUCGCAAUCAGAGAACUCUUGCAUAUGGAAAUAUUUCAAAUUUAAGUCAGUUUCCUGAAGAAUCUGAAAUUUUAUUUAUGAUUGGUACAGAAUUUCAGAAAAUCAAAGUUUCAUACGAUAAAAAUGAAAAUAUUUGGAUAAUCAAAUUAAAAUUGGGAUAUAACAGUACCUUUAGAGUUGAUGAAUAUCAUGAGAGAUUGAUUAAGAGAAGAACUUUAAAAAAUUCUGUUGGAACACCUACUCAAACUGACUCAAACUUCAUCCGAUUUUCAUCUUUUCAGGAUAAAAAUCUAUUAUUUAAUGAAUUAUUAAUUUUAUAUCCAUCAGAAAAAUGGUUUUUAGCUAUCAAAUAUUUUUGUCAAGCAAGAUCUCAAGGUUAUGAAACAGGAGCAGACAAACAUGCAAUAUUAUCGAAUUGUGAAAAAGCAUUGGAAAUUUGGCAUGAAUAUAUAAAUGAUGAUGAAUUAAAUUGUUAUGUAGAUAUUGCACAGAUUCACAGAGAAAUUUUUUGGUUUCACAUAAAUAAAAUAGAAGAUUUAAAUACCUAUAAAAAACAUUAUGAGUUAGCUAUUAAUUAUUAUCAGUUAGCCAUUGAUAAAGCACUUACAGAUUAUGAAAAAGCAGUUAUAUAUGUCGAAUUGAGUUCUGUAUAUAAAAUUUAUUUUACCGAUGAUAAAAAUGAAAGAGAAGACGUUCGUCUAAUGGCUAUUAAAUACAUGGAAUUAUGUCUUGAACUUACGUUAAAAUAUCGUUCAUCAAAUGAUUUUAUGAUUGGUGAUAUUUUUCAAGAAUUAGGUAGGCUUUAUGAAUCAAUACAGAGAUAUGAUGAUGCAUUGAAUAACUAUGACAAAGCUUUAGAAAUUUAUCUACAACAGGCUGAAUCUUCUAAUGGAGCUGAAAUGUCAAUAAUUGCAUGUAUAGUUCCUAUUUAUACUAAAUAUAAAAAUAAUUAUCAAUUAGCACUUAAAUACCAAUUAAUAAAACAUGAAUAUAAACUGAAAUUACUAGCAACAGAACCAACAAUGGAUGAUGAGGGUGAAAUUGAUUUGAAAAAAAACCAAAUAGCUGGUAGUCAUCUUGAAUUAGCUGAUAUUUACAUCGAAUUACAACAAUAUGAUUUAACUUAUGAACAUUUAACAACAGCUAUAAAAUUAUAUAAAGAAACAAAUCAUCCUACUGACGAAGCUAUUGUACUGUUUGAAAAAUAUGUUUCCUGUCGAAAAAUAAGUUCCUAG